AUGUCGAAAUUGCCACCAGAAGUUAAGUAUACUCAGUUGUUUAUCAACAAUGAGUUUGUUAAUUCUGUGAGUGGAAAAAAGUUUGCUACCAUCAAUCCUUGCACAGGAGAGAAGAUAUGUGAUGUUCAAGAGGGUGACAAGGCCGAUAUUGACCUUGCUGUAAAAGCGGCAAGAGAAGCCUUCAAGCUUGGGUCUCCGUGGCGACGACUUGACGUCAGCAAGCGAGCAGAACUCAUGACCAGACUUGCUGAUCUCUUGAAACAAAACAAGGACUAUCUUGCAGUCGGCCAUCUCAUCCAGCAAGCAGCAGGCAAGAGCAACCUGAAGCGAGUGUCACUUGAAAUGGGUGGUAAAAGUCCUAAUAUUGUGUUCGCUGAUAGUAAUGGUAAGCUUUUAAUGAUGGAUGAUGAUAACAGACAGAGGCGGAUUCGUUGGGGGGAGGGGGUGGGUAUGCUAUAG